AUGAAGCACGGUGGCCCGUCGCGUAGACGAAAACCUGCCACCCCUAAACGCAGGUCACCCGCAAAACCUCCAGAGCCAACGUCCAGGCGUGUCAGUGGACCUUCAGGAGCUUCCCCGCAGAAAAAGAGAAGAUUUCGCCCAGGCACACGUGCUCUGAUGGAGAUCCGUAAAUAUCAGAAAUCCACGAACCUGCUACUGCGCAAGGCCCCCUUUUCACGACUGGUGCGUGAGGUUUGCCAGAUGUUCAGUAGAGGUCACCUGAUGUGGCAGGGUUACGCGUUGCUGGCCUUGCAAGAGGCAGCAGAAGCCUUCUUGGUUCGUCUCUUUUCAGAUGCCAACCUGUGCGCCAUCCAUGCCAAGAGAGUGACUCUGUUCCCCAGGGACAUCCAGUUGGCACGCAGGAUCAGGGGAGUGGAGAACAUGUGA